AUGGUGGCAUCCCGAACUGGUCGAGCUCUCGCCGGCGUCCUCGGUAUCAAUGUUGACUACCGCCAGGAACCCGAAGACACCUUUCGUUCUGCAGCAAAGUCCAUUUCGUCUGUCGACACGUUCGUUGAAAAUGAGCCAACGACGGCUGAAUGGAUUUUGAAUCAUCGUCCUACUGCCGGCGGUACCACGGUUGGAUUUGUGGUCGUCCCACAAGGGAUGGCAUAUGCACUUCUCGCUCGACUGCCACCGGAAUACGGGCUGUAUACGUCUUUCGUCGGUUUCUUGCUGUACUGGGCGUUUGCGACUUCAAAGGACAUCACGAUUGGGGCGGUCGCCGUGAUGUCGACGAUUGUCGGGAACAUAGUCAUCAAAGUGCAAAGAGUCCACCCCGAUAUCCCCGCCGAGCAGAUUGCCCGGGGCCUGUCCAUCAUCUGUGGAGGCGUCCUUUGUUUCAUUGGCCUUAUCAGAUGCGGCUGGAUCGUCGAAUUCAUCCCUCUGGUAACGAUCACGUCGUUUAUGACGGGCGCAGCAAUAUCCAUCGCCGUGGGUCAAGUGCCUUCGAUGAUGGGGAUUGAAGGCGUCAGCACACGAGAAGCAGCGUACAAGGUGAUCAUUAACACCCUGAAAAAUCUCCCAAACACUCAACUCGAUGCCGCCUUGGGGUUGAGCGCGCUUGUUUUGCUGUACUUCAUUCGAUGGUUCUGCGGAUUCAUGUCCGACAAACAGCCAAACAGGAAGAAAAUGUGGUUUUUCAUAUCCACCCUCAGAAUGGCUUUCAUUAUCCUGCUCUAUACCAUGAUAAGUUGGCUGGUCAACCGAAAUAUUUCAGACCAGAAGGAUGCGAAAUUCAGGAUUCUAGGAACAGUCCCUAAAGGAUUUCAGCACGCUGGUGUUCCACAUAUGGACACUCGGCUAGUCUCAUCUUUUGCUUCUGAUCUUCCCGCAAGCAUCAUCGUUCUUAUCAUUGAGCAUAUUGCCAUCUCCAAGUCCUUUGGAAGGGUUAACAACUAUGUCAUUGAUCCCUCACAAGAACUCGUUGCCAUUGGCUUUACGAACUUGUUAGGCCCAUUUCUAGGUGGUUACCCGGCUACCGGUUCAUUCUCGCGAACAGCCAUUAAAGCGAAAGCCGGAGUCCGAACUCCCCUUGCUGGCAUGUUUACAGCUGUCAUUGUGCUACUAGCUUUAUACGCUUUGACAUCGGUUUUCUUCUACAUCCCAAUGGGCACUCUAUCUGGACUAAUUAUACAUGCUGUUGGUGAUUUGAUCACUCCGCCCAAUGUCGUCUACCAGUUCUGGGAAAUUUCACCAGUCGAAGUGAUCAUCUUCUUCUGUGGUGUCUUGGUGACUGUUUUCACCCAGAUCGAAAACGGUAUCUACGCCACUAUUGGGGCUUCUGCUGCCGUCCUUUUGUAUCGAACCGCCAGAGCCAAAGGAAAUUUCUUGGGAAGAGUUAGCGUCUAUCGCGUCACUCAUGACAACUUCCAUCGCAGGGAUGACAGCAAGAUAACCAAAGAGGAUCCUACAUGGUCUGUUAGAGAAGCAUUCAUUCCGUUGGACCAUCAAGAUGGUUCCAAUCCUUUGAUCGAGGCCCAAACACCAUACCCCGGAAUCUUUAUUUAUCGAUUCAACGAAGGGUUCAAUUACCCAAAUCAAGCUCGCUACCUCGAUACACUUACGGCAUUCAUUUUCAAAGAGACACGGCGUACGCAGCUUGAAAGAUACGAUAAGCUAGGAGACCGACCAUGGAAUGACCCUGGGCCCCGAAAUGGAGCACAGAUCAACCUCGACGACAACCGCCCAAUCCUCCGCGCAGUAGUCCUCGAUUUUGCCGCCGUCAACAACGUCGACGUAACAUCUGUCCAAGGCCUGAUCGACAUUCGAAACCAGCUUGACCGCCACGCUGCCCCCGAAGUAGUUGAAUGGCAUUUUGCCAAUGUCAAUAGCCGGUGGACGAAACGUGCGCUCGCAGCAGCUGGUUUUGGUUAUCCGACCUCUGUAUCUCCAGAGUCCCUGGGCAACUGGAAACCUAUCUUCAGUGUCGCUGCGCUCUCGGGGGCCGAGGAGUCUGUGACCAAGGCCCGUAAGUCGAAGAACGGUGAUAUCGAGACAAACACGGAAGAGAUAGAAAUCUACGCCGGUGACCAAAAGGAAAUGUUGCAAAUUCCAAAGAGGAUUGCCAAUGUUCAUGGUAUUAACCGCCCAUUCUUCCAUAUGGACGUGCAAGCUGCUGUUGAAAGCGCGAUUUUGAACGCUGAGAACAGGAGCGCAGCUCGUGCUCUGAGCACCGAUGCAUGA